AAGACAAUUUAAACGAAGAAACGAAAUAUUUUUCAGAUAAUCGUCUAAAAGCCAAAAUGGACUUUUCAAAUGUUAUUAACCGCAAUGAACCGCAUCAGCGUACUAUAAUUCACAUAGACAUGGAUUGUUUCUAUGCCCAGGUUGAAGAAAUACGUGAUCCCACUUUGCGCUCACGACCACUGGGAAUUCAGCAAAAAAAUUGUGUGGUUACUUGCAAUUAUCUAGCUCGUGAAUUCGGUGUCAACAAAUUGAUGGCCGUUGAGGAGGCACAACGUCUUUGUCCUACACUAACCUUAGUCAAUGGUGAAGAUUUGACACCAUAUAAACAAAUGUCUCAGCGUAUAUUUGAUGCACUUUUGACUUUUACACCAUUGGUGGAGAAACUGGGUUUCGAUGAAAAUUAUUUAGACGUAACAGCCCAAGUGUGUGAUCGUAUAGAAAAAAACCAAUAUGAACAUUUCGAAAGUUCUGCUAUUGCCUCCAGCAUAUUUCCCAAAGUCGAAGGUCAUAUAUAUCCGGAAAACGCAGAACUUUUGCAAAGUUGUGACUGUGGUUGCACACAGCGAUUAGCAGUGGGUACACAAAUUGCGAAAGAAAUACGUUUAGCUUUGCAUAAACAACUUAAUAUAACAUGUUGUGCUGGCAUAUCGUAUAACAAACUGUUGGCAAAACUUGUAGGUUCUCAACAUAAACCCAACCAACAGACUGUUCUAUGUUCAAACUAUGCGGACGAGUUUAUGCGUAAUUUAAAUAGUUUGCAUAAAGUUACUGGUAUCGGACAAAAAACAGAAUCACUGCUUCUUGAGAGUGGUAUCGCUAACAUUACUGAAUUGCAAGGAUGUAACAUGGACUCCCUUCGAAAAAAAUUUGGCUUUGAAACGGCAACAAAAUUGAAAGAUUUGUCUUUUGGAAAAGAUGUCAGUUCAGUGCGUCCAUCCGGCAAACCUAAAACAAUAGGACUCGAAGAUUCAUGCCGACCGAUAUCCGUGCGACGGGAUGUUGAAGAUCGCUUUCGUUUGCUGCUUAUGCGUUUGGUGGAGCAGGUUGCAGAGGAUGGCCGCAUACCAAUUGCCAUUAAAGUGAUUUUACGUAAAUUCGAUCCUCAGAAAAAAACAAGUCAUCGAGAAACUAAGCAAGUUAACAUUUUGCCUUCACUAUUUAAAUCACAAACAGGAACGGAAAGUGGCGGACAAAAGGUGGUACUCGCAGAAGGCGCACAAGAAAAGUUACUGAAGAUUAUUUUACGCCUGUUCGAACGCGUUGUUGAUCUUACUAAGCCGUUUAAUAUUACUCUUAUCGGCCUUGCGUUUUCAAAGUUUCAACAACGAAAACUCGGUUCAUCGUCCAUUGCAAAUUUUCUAAUUAAAAAAACUGAUUUAGAAGUACAGUCUAUAACUUCACUGACAAACACUGAUGUAGCCACAUCAUCAGAGAAUCCAACUGCCUCAAUGCCUUCACCAAAUAACGACGAAGCAUUCCGUUCGUCACCCACCACCUUUCAGCCAAGUGAUCAAUUUUAUCGUCGACGCGGAACUGCUGCUUCACCUAUACCAAUGCUUAUUGACAAUGGAUCUGAAUCUGCAGCAACUAAUUCCGAUUUCUCAGAUUUCUCUGAAACUGAAAUUGAACCUUCUCCAAAAAAAAGUCGUAUUGGUCGUUUAUUAAUGGCAAAACGGCGAUGUUUGGCGAAUUCAGCCAUGUAUACUGACACUGCUGACGUUGCAUCCCCAAGUAAACUUCGUGUUUGUGAUUUGCGUUUAAAUUCACGAGACAGUGAAAAAGAUUUCAUUACAAAUCCAACAAACGUUCCAACAAGUACCACUAGCUCUGCACCUUCGGUAACAUUCUCGUCCACAACAACAGCAUCGACUACAGGUACACCCCUGCAACGCUUUCGCACGAUACAACCUCCUUCGUCAUUACUUAUGAAAGUUAACCGAACGUCAGCGGGAAAUCGUACCUUAACAACGCAAAGACAAAUAUCGUCGACGCCAUCAUCAACAACCUCAUCGCCAUUACCAUCACCAAUGGACGAAACGGGUAGUACAGCUAGUACACCGACAAGUUGUGACAUUCCUACAACAACACAGACUUCUGACUCAAUUCAAUCUACUCACUUACUGAUGGGAUAUCUUGAGAAUAUAUCAACAGCAUCCCAAUCAGUUGCAACAGCUUCGAACACUACAACCAUCACUGGAAAUGUCUCCAAUAUUCCAUGCCCAGCAGGUGUGGAUACAACUGUAUUCAAUGAGUUACCAUUGGAUGUUCAAAACGAAUUAAUUGAGUCUUGGCGCAGUUCUCUAGCUGCUGCUGCAGUUGCCGUGGCUAAUGGCAAUAUUAGAUCAACGAGUACUACUAUCGCUUCUGGUACUACUCAUACCAACCAAUCAGCAAACGCUGUCACAGCUAAAGCUGGUGGUGCGGCCACCAACGGCAGUGGAGCCCAAAAAAAUACCCUAUAUCGGUAUUUCCUUAGGAAUAAGCUACCUUUAAUGCAGAAUGAUCAAGAAUGCAGAAACUUUAUUGUAAAGUUAACACGACUCCGCUUUGAUAAAUACUCCAAAAUAUAUACGCCCACCAAACAAAAUAAUGUGGCAUUGCAGGAACAAUGCACAACUAAUUCAUUUCCUGGGUCAUCAGAAAAACAAUUGCAAAUACCGACAGCUUUUAAAAAAGCAGUGUCUAACCGGAAACGUUGUGAUCAUAAGAGCACAACUGAACCAGUAUUAAAUAAUUUACCAAAAGGUUUUGAUAUAUCUUAUACAUGGUGUAAGCCAUUAAGGGUUAGGGUGAAAAGAAUUAACGCAGUAACACAUCAAAUAGAAAAAGCAGAGCGAGAAAUUGUUCAAAAUAUGAGACGUACCAAAAAGGACGAAGAGCUGAAAACCAGACAUACAAUGAAGAAAGGUAUGCAUAUGAAGACUCCCAAGGAAUCUAGUAGUUUUUCGAAAGUAAUUGCAGCAAAUCAUCAAAUUUUGAAAGAAAACAUGGGUUUAGCAAAUGUUGUCCUAACUCCGCAUCUUCGUAAACGUUUAAAUAAACUUAGUCUAUCGAAGUGUUCAAGUGACCGAACCAAAAUAGACAAUAGUUUUACGAAAAAUCAUUCCCGUUUUAGUUUGGUUAGAAACUCGGUAAUAUCUGACGAUAAACAUAAAGAAGAUUUGUCUCACACAAAUUCCAAAGAGAGAAGGUCGUUAAAAACUGCAAUUAAUGACCCUGACUUAAUAGAGGAAUUAAUUUGUUCCAAUGACUCCGAAGAGGGACACGACAACACUAUCCAGGUCAAAAAACCUAAAACAACCCAUAAAUUUUUUCAUCGGGUUCCGGAGGGAAAAGUACGCCUGAGGAAAAAAUGUGCAAAGCCGCAAAACAUUUUCGAUUUUUUGUCUGAAUCUGAUACUUCAGAAUCUGAGGUUGCAAAGCAUGGAGACCCUGCGGCGGAUGUAAUAAAAAAAUUAAUAUCUGAAGGAAAAGUAAGAGUAGCAACUAACCAAAAAGGAACAGGACGACCUAUUUUAAAACGAGGAAUUUUAAAAGCUGGUAGAAAGAAACGAGAAGUUAAUAAAAAUAAAACCUGUAAGGAAAAGAGGAACAAAACAAAUAACGCUGUUAACAAUAAACCGUCAAAAAUAUCAGAAACACUUGACAAUUAUGAUGUCGGAGCAACAUUACCCCCGCCUUCUGGUUUAGAGGAUCAAUAUGUUUCCAUGGCUAAUUACGAUCAGCAACAAAAUAUUCUUACAAAUAUCGUUCCAGGAACGGAUGAACAUGUGCGUGAUGAAGGUUUUAGCCGAUUAGCUCGCUCAGUGCUGUUGCAAGAAACAAGGAAAGUCGAAAAUACUUACAAAAAAAAUUUUACUGAGCAACGACGCCUGCUCGACGCAGCACGUAAAUUUGUUAGUACUCCGGCCGCGAAUCGGCAAAGUAGAGAUUUACCGACCUCCGAUUUAUCACCAAUUAAGUUUCCCAGUCUGCAAAAUCGUCCAGUGUGUCCCUCCCCUUGGAGAAUAAACGAUGAUUCGCACCUACCGUCAAUAUUUAAUUUCACCAAAAAUACGUCAUGCCUGCCGACAUUUUCUAGUGAUUAUAUUCCUCCUACACCGAAGAAAAACAAAUCCAAGGACUCACAAACAUGUAAUGACUCCAAUAUAACACCUCCGAUGCCCAUAACAACAAGGCAAGCCAAUUCCUCCACCGUAUCAAGGAAUAGAGCUAACAGUAUUCCAAGCGGUCAAUUGCAGAACACACCAGAGUCCGAAAAUGAUUCGAAUGUAGAAAAUAUGCCACCGACUGCUUUAACUGUAACGAAUAACGACGAUAAUGCCUCCAUAUUCAAUUUGCGUCAGUUGCCUAAUCCGCGACGUACACUGGGAAAGCGAAGUCCACUAAAAGCCAUAAAUAUAAUAGAAGUUGUAAGUCUGCCAUCAUGGAAAAAAACUGUGAAUGAUAAAGUAAACAAAGAAGCAGUUUCCACGGUUACUGGCGAUGUUGCAAAAAAUGAUAAAUCAAAUGAAGAAGAUUUAUUCGGUUUUGAAGAAUUUUUAGAUCCCAACUCUGACGGCGAUGGCGAACCAAAGAAAACUGAUGUAAAGUCACUGAAUAGACCGUCUGUUAAUCGCAAUUUAUGCAAAAAGCUCAAAGAUCUUCAAAAAUGGCGCCCCGAAAACUCUACUCAUAAUAAUAAAAGUGUUUCAACUAAAACGUGUGAUGUUUUCGACAGUAACGGCCCGAAACAACGACUUAUUAAUGAAAUGCUUUGCUCUACCAUGAUUGAUAAUUUAAAUGAUGGUAAAACAAAAGGACAACAAAAUAAUGAAAGUUUGAAUGAUAUUUCGAUAUGUGGCAAUGAAAAGGCAACGCAACCACCCGAAACAGAUUUUUUUAAUGACUAUGAACCGGAACCUACGUUCCAAAAAAAGACGACACUGCGAACCUAUGUCCGCCCUGCCAAGCGGAAACGCAAAACGCGUAAACAUUUCGUUAUGUUUAAAGACAGUGAAGAAACCAAUUCAGAUUCCGAAGAAGAGGAACUCGAGCAUAUAAAUGAAGAGCCAAAGAAGAAACGACACGAAGCUCAUGGUAAUGGCAAGAUGAACCAUGAAAUGGAAUCCUUUGUAAACGAAUUCAACAGCAUGUGUAAAGAUGUAGAAAACUACGAACUGCUAGUGGAGUAGCUUUUUCGCCUUUGCACAUAACAAUGUGUAUAAAUCUACUUGCAAUUAUUAUUUUUUAUUAUUUUACAUUAGUCCUUAUAGCUUAGUCAGCAUGAAUAUAAAAGUGUCAGAAAAAUUUAUUGGAGGAAUUGGCCUUUAAAAGGCAUAAUGUUUAGUUUUGUUUUGUUUUUUAUGCUUCUUAUUUUGCAAGUUUUACCUAUAGUGUUGCAAAUGAUAGCGUCGAGUUUCUCAUACACACUUUACGUUUAUGAACUAUUUCAUUAAUUUAAGCAAACAACAAAUAAAAUCUUAUAUCUAUUUGUAUAUAAAUUAGGUGUCACGUUUUGUCCAGGAUCCUCAUCCCGACUGACGGCCGGUUUUUUUUUAAAGAUUUUUUCGGAAUAUUUUAUAGUAAAUUGAAAAUGAAAGUUCCGUAGCUUUCAAUAUUUGGCUAUAUAUUUAUUAAGCCUUUAGCUGUAACUUUGAUUUUUUUUAAGUAAGUGGCACCCAUGAAAAAAAAUAUAAACAAACGGUGUCCAUUAGUCCAGCAGACUGGACAUAUGGAGGAUAUUUUACAAAUCUUAAAAACUGAAUUUACUUUUAAAUGCUUUAAACCAGGGAUCGUAACAGUUAUGAAAUAAUGCUCAAAAAAUCAAGUUUAAUUAUUAUUAAAUUAUUUUUCAGUCUUCAAAAUCUACAUUAUAUAUAUAUAUACAUAUAUCCGACACUUCGUUCAUAAUGAUUUUUUUAGACGAAAAUUAUGCAAUAACUGUUAUUUUUUAUCCUUGUUUCAAACAUUAAAACCCAAAAUUUCAUGAUUUUCUGCGACUAUUUUUUGAAGAAAAACAAAAACGGUUUAAUUUUUUCAAAAGCCCUAGUUCGGGUGGUAGCUAUGUACAUACAUGUGUGAUGAACUAACCAUUUAAAUUUUAAAGCAAUCGAUGUAACCAUUUUUGAGAAAUCGUGGACACCAGUUUAAAAAAUGUAGUUUCUAGAAAAACACGUUUGAAACUUCAAACCACUCGCUCUGAAGACCUUACGUUCUCACUUCUGUAACAUUUAUUUUUCGAACAUUACUUUACCAGCACAUUCUAAGAAUGCUCUAUAUUGGAUCUAAAAGAUAGGACAGGAUAUAAAGUCAAAAUAAUACAUAAAUAAAAAAAUAAAACUCAAAGUAUCAAUUUUCGGUU